AUGUUUAUUAUCGUCGAAGUUUCUACUAAAGACAGCCGCGACCUAUGGCGUCAGGAAAAAAAUCUCGGUGCGAAUUUUAAACACAACUUUUGCUUAUCAGUCAAGCAGCAGGUGCACACAAGUAAAUUUCUAAGGGCUUCGCUGAGGCACGGCGAGCGGUUUCCGACGGAUCGAAUCUAUCGAGCUCAAAAUUACGACGUGGUAUCGUUGGAGCAUCCUCGUUGA